AUGAGAAGAAACAAGUGGUGCAUCGGCAAACAGCCAUGUAUGAAAGAGGAAGCUGCGCAUGACGCGCACUCACGGAAUAUUCUCUUUGAGAAUUUGACCUCGUCAAAAUCUGACCUCCUCUUUUAUGGACACAGGAAAGCUACUUUCAAAAAUUGGUGUUUCGACAAGGAUAACUACCAAUGCUCAUCUGAUGCGUUAGCCAAAGCUGGCUUUUACUUCACCGGCUCCAGGUACGAACCUGCGGCAGCAACUUGUGCAUUCUGUUACAAAGAGAUGAUUUUCGAAGAGAAUGAUGAUCCAUGGUUAGAGCACCGAUCUCACUCCAAAACGUGCAACUUUGUUGAGUUGAACAAAAGAGAAGAGAAAGACUGGACAGUGAACGACUUUAUGUUUUUGUUAUCUGGUCGCAUUGCUGCUGAACAGCGGUCGAAGAUGAAGCAGUUCAUCGAAAACUACGACGAAGCGUCUGCAGAGAUCGAAGCAAUGACCGCCAAGGCUUUACACUCACUUAAAUAACUUCAUAGUUGUCGUGAGAACCACAGUUAACGAUUGUACCUUUUUUGCUCUUCACCGUAACCUGACUCGAACUAACGUGUGCAUUUUUUUUCACUUAUAACUUGCCUCAACUGUAUAGAUCUCCG